UUCUGUCUGGGUGAAGUUUUCUCAACAAACAACUCGGAGGUCUCCGAACAUAUCGUUGUAAACUUAAAAAUGUAUUAAAUUUUCGAUCGUUACCACGUGCUUGGAUUUAGUUGUUAUACAUUUCCCCGUUGUUUGUAAAAGACUGAGCCAAGAGGAGGAUCCGUGGGAAUUCUGAGGAGUUUGAGUUUGUCCAGAAGUCAGUAUUACACAUAUUUCAGAGAGCUCCGGAAGAGUGUCCUGGACAAAACACACAAUACAUACAAACACAGUUCCCAAACCCACUGCUGGGAAUAGCCAGAGCCUGUGACAAAUAUAUCGGUGUGGAUGAGCCUAACUGUUGUUUUACACCAGGCUCCACGACCAGAAAACUUCAGAGAGACUUCAUAAGUGCUUGUGAAAAGUUCCCCUUUUUUGCACACUGUCCUGGGAUUCUGUAAAUUUUUCUUGUUUGAUGGACUACUUUCUGGAUUUGGCUUGGAUCAGAUAAUGCUCUUCGAUGGCUGUGAGUAGUGCAGUGGUUAGCAUGCAGGAUGAGGACAAAACCUUUCAUGUUCACUACAGGAUGGAGGCAUCCUGUUUGGACCUGGCUCGAGGGGAGCGGCUGUGCAAGGUCGGGGAUUACAGCGCUGGCGUUUCUUUCUUCGAGGCCGCCAUGCAGGUUGGUACGGAAGACCUGCAGGUUCUUAGUGCCAUCUACAGUCAACUGGGCAAUGCCUACUUCCAUCUGCACGACUACAGCAAAACUCUGGAGUUCCACCACCAUGAUUUCACUCUAACUAGGACCACAGGGGAUCGGCUUGGUGAGGCCAAAGCCAGCGGUAACCUGGGGAACACAUUAAAGGUUUUGGGGCGCUUUGAUGAAGCGAUAGUGUGCUGCCAGAGGCAUUUAGAUAUCACCAGGGAACUUGGCGACAAGGUCGGACAGGCCCGAGCACUUUAUAAUUUUGGAAAUGUGUAUCAUGCCAAGGGGAAGAGCGUCUGCUGGAGCGGAGCAGAGCCUGGAGACUUCCCUGAGGAAGUUAUGACAGCACUUAGAAAAGCCGCUGAAUACUAUGAGGCAAGCCUGUGUAUUGUGAAGGAGCUUGGAGACAGAGCAGCACAGGGGAGAACUUAUGGGAACCUGGGCAACACGUACUACCUUAUAGGAAACUUCCGGGAUGCAGUGGCCUCACACGAACAGCGUCUUCUUAUCGCUAAAGAGUUCGGUGACCGCUCAGCAGAGAGGAGAGCCUACUGCAAUCUUGGAAACGCCUGCAUAUUCCUUGGAGAGUUUGAGAAGGCUGCAGAACAUUACAGGAAAGCUUUGCAAUUGGCACGGCAGCUAAAGGAUCUGGCGGUGGAGGCUCAGGCCUGCUACAGUCUGGGUAACACAUACACAUUGCUGCAGGACUAUGAGAGAGCCAUUGACUACCAUCUCAAACAUCUCAUCAUCGCUCAGGAUCUCAACGACAGGAUUGGUGAAGGCAGGGCCUGCUGGAGUUUAGGAAACGCACAUACAGCACUAGGGAAUCAUGACCUGGCUAUGCACUUUGCUGAGAAGCAUUUGGAAAUCUCAAAAGAGACAGGAGAUCGUAGCAGUGAGCUCACUGCUCGCAUGAAUGUCUCAGAUCUUCAGAUGGUGCUUGGCCUCAGUUAUAGCACAAACAAUUCUGUCAUUUCUGAGAACAAGGAGAUCGACUACAAACUGCACGGUGCCAGACCCAGCAUGAGCCGGCGGCACAGUAUGGAGAAUCUGGAGCUGCUAAAACUUACACCAGACAAGAUCAAUGGCCAGAAGUGGACCAGUGACAUCCUCUUCAAGCCAUCCAAACCCACACUGGCUAAAUCGUCCUCCAGACUGUCCUUUGUCAAUCGUUUCCGUGGAAAGAAACACAAGCUGCAGAGCAGCUCCAGUAAAAUCCUGCAGGAUACCAGCAAUACACAAGAAACUCCUCAGAACAAACAUGGGAGUACAGACAUGUUAAGAGAUGAGGGCUUUUUUGACCUGCUGAGUCGUUUCCAGAGCAACAGAAUGGAUGACCAGCGGUGUGCAGUACAGGAUGGGAGGAGCCAUCUGUCUGUCAAUUCUAGCUCCUCCCCACCCACCACCCCACCCAGAACCAUCAGGAAAUCAUUCUCGGAGUCUGCUGCGUCUCCAGGGCAGGAGCCGUUUCUCAGACUGUUGGCGAGCGCUCAGGGCAGGAGGCUGGACGAACAGAGGGCGGGAACAGGAAGCAGUCUGCCCGGACUUCGCACCCUGUCUGAACACAGUAACACUGACAGCAGACACAUGAUUUUAAGCCAAGUCAUGGCCAGCAUGGAUGCCAACGAGCCUGAUGACCAGUUCUUUGACAUGCUUGUCAAGUGUCAGGGGUCUCGUCUGGAUGAUCAGAGAUGUGCCCCUCCUCCUCCCUCUUCACGUGGACCGACUGUCCCGGAUGAAGACUUCUUCAGUCUCAUCAUACGCUCACAGGCCAAGAGGAUGGAUGAGCAGAGAGUGACGCUGCCCUCCUUCCGCUGAACAUACACACGGACCAUGAAUCAGAACUGUGUUGUGUCUGCUCAGUAAUGAUAAAUGAUAAUGGACAAAUAUCCUUAAAUGCCAUUUCAUGUACAGCAAUAAUGAAUGAUUCUAUGUGUGUGUUGGGGGGCUAUUUUCUGUAAAUAACAUAUUUUAACUUUUUAAUCAGAUUCAAGCUCUUUGUACAUUUGGUAUUUUUUAAGGUUAUUUUAGUUUAGGAUGUAUUGCCUUGUUUUUAUGAUAAUUGCGAAGAAUCACACCAAUGUAUCUUUUGUUACGAGUCUGCAGGAUUGUUUGUUUUUAUUUAUUUAACAUUUUUACCAUUUGUCCUUUAUGUAGUACGAGAUGUGUAGUUAAGAGACAAAUAGCACUGCAUUUUUGUAAAAUAACAAAAUUUAGGUAACAAGGAAGUGGUUAAACUAGAAAAGAAAUAUACCAACAAUAUGUCAAACAAGAAAAUACAACAAAAAUGAAUUUGACAUAACUAUAGAAAUAAAAUCCUCUAUAGAAAAAUUGAACGAGACUAUGCUCACCUUAUUCAGAGAUCUCAUCAAACAUGAAAAUAUAUUGCAAAUGUUUUGAGACUGUUCAUUUGUCUCAGAUUUUUACAGACUAUUUAUCUAACUAACUAAAAAAAUUCUCCAAAGCUGCAGUAUUGGGUGAUGUCAGUAGUUCUCCAGCUCCACAACAGUGCUAAAACUUAGCUUUGUAGGCAGACCAGAUCUCCAUCCAUGAAUAAAUAAGAACCUGUUAUUUCUUAAGAUCAGAGCAAUAGUGUUAAAGACUGGGAGGAUUUUGAUGUGGAGGUCCAUAUGGAAAAUAAAGAAUUAAAAAUGAAACCUGACUAAAUGAUUAGAAUAAACAGAAUCAUGCUGAUCUUUGGAAAAUCUUAAAUCACCUGUAGUUUUCAGUUCAGUAUAAUUUAGUUAGUGUUAGUCGUUAGUAUUCAGUACAUUUUUAACUCUAGCACUGUUUUUUAAAGAUAAUUUAAAUAGUAUUUUGAAAGACGUCAUUGCUUGCAAAAUAUGGAUGACUUGAAGAACCUC